GUGGAACUUCUCGAAUGCAACUGCAACCUGGCCAGGCAGCUCGCAGAUGGAACACCACAUCGAAGUGACUGCUUUGUUGUGCACGGGAAGAGCACAGUAGAGCGUCUCAAUCUCACCACCCCAACGGAGCCCGCUCUCAAGGCCGCGCUCCGUGCCAGAUUCGGCGUCGAUGUUGAGAAUAAGAAGAAAGUGGAACUUCGCGGCGCCGAGAUGCAAACCAGGUACACAGGUCGCUACAAGAAGCCGCCUGUCAUCGCCGUCUGCUCCAAACAACGCCACUUGUCCCAACUUGCUCGCACUGAUAUUGAUGAGACUGGCCAACGGAAGUUCAAAACGCUCGACCUUCACACCUCCGAGCAACCAAUCCAUCCCGGAUGCAUGAAUGCCACCAUCUCUGACGCCGGCCUGGUCAAUCUCGCCGUCGAUGGCGUCAUCGAUAUCUUUGCUGUUGAUCGAACGACCACGGGCAACGCCAAGCUUGCGGUAGGCAAGUCAACAAUCUUCCGCUCUCGCGCGUGCUGGGAACCGAAUACCAUCCAGUCCGACCGCGGCAUGGCCAUGUUCUUCUCUUCCUUGCGUGUUUUUGCCUCUCUCGUCCAGAACAUGCGGAAAGAAAACAGAGCGCAAGACGCCGUGCUUCACGCCUUUGAUCUCCCGACACACGAAUUCUCUCCUGCACUACGCACUCUUCACAUCUUGAUCCAGGGCAAGACACCUACAGAAGUCGAAUGCUCCGCUCUGAGCCAUACGCUUUUCAGCGCCUUGGACAGCUUCGUACCCACAGAUGUUGUUGGCACGGACCACUCUCGUGUUUUUGAAGGCUCGCGCUUGCUGUGGGCUUUCAUUCUCGACAAAGCGAAGAUUCUCAAGCUGCCGAAAGAAGAGGGAGCCGGUCUUCCAUACACUGCUGCCUUUCAGACCAUUGAUGUCCGCGACCACAGGACACAUGAAGUCGUUUCGCAGGCAGUGCAGACCUCCAAGGGGUUGGUGGAAGCGAGCCUCUUCAAAGCCUUCCACGAAGGCGGUCUGCUCUUCGAAACUGACCUUCAACCAUUCCUCGUGGAAUCCGAAAUCGACACCGACAUCUUUCGACGAAUACUCUUUGGCGGCGGCGCCGUUGCUGAGCUCACAGUCCUAUCCCGGAAGCACUUGAACGCAAACUAUCGGUACCCGGAUGCAGGCAAUAUACACGCUGCGAUCGAUGUCACGGAGCUGGCUGACCUGAACCAUCUGGCCGACCUCUGUGGCAUAAACAAGCUCGCGGUCUACAAGCUACGGCAGCUGGUUUCUGCGGUCGCUCCAUGCUUGACGUUCGAUCGCAAUGCUCACUUGGCGGUGUACACGGGAGAACAAGCAUGUGCUGAUCCGGGACACUCCUCUAUGAUCUUCCGUCCGCUGCACGGAGAAGAGGUGAUUGAUACAGCGAUAGUCGAACAACUGAUCAGCCCGAUUCUGCAGAGCUACGAGGCCGACGGCACCGCCGCAUUCUGCGCGCUCGGAGGUGGUGAAGUGAGGCGAAUGGAAACUCCCGACGAGCUACUCAUGUUCUGUGUCGACACCUCUGCCAGCAUGCGAAACCCCACCGAUUUUCAAGAAGUCAAUUCCGACGAAGAUCCAAUCGAAAACGUCCCAGUCGAGCCCGAAUUCUACAGUCGGGCGGUCCUCGAGGACGUUCAAGAACGAUUGUGUGGCUACGAAAGCUUCGACGACAUGGUUGCCAUCGUUUUUCAGGCACCCGAGCCUCAAAAGCGGCCAAGUGCUAUGAAGACUUUGAGGCUGCUGAAAAUGAUUCUCUCUGCUGAAAUCGUGAAGCUGUCAGAGAUUCUCAACGCGGCGAGAGAGUUCGGAAGGCAUUACCACAAUCUGCAAUAUUCCCCAAAUCACCAGACGGACCUUGACGAAUUGAAGACGUUCUGGGCGGGCCUUACAACGCAUGAACAGCCGAUUUGUGACCUUCUGAUUUACCGGGCGAAUUCAGACUCACGCGAUAUCGCUCAACAGUGGACGUGGUCCAUCGAAGAUGCGCCACCGGCCCUGAAUCCAGCUCAGCAGAUCCCAACCCUCGAUGCCAGUAUAACCGAAAUACCGGAUCACCUUCGUUGUCCCAUCUCGAGGUCCUUAAUGCUGGACGCCGUGACGGCUGCUGAUGGGCACACGUAUUCGAAGGCCGCAAUUCAGACCUGGUUCGGCAUCCGACACUCCUCGCCGAAGACAGGCCUGGAUCUUGCGAGCACAGAGCUCACUGUAAAUCAAGACAUCUGCGACGCUGCCACGCUGUGGGUCGACGGUGAUGGCAUCCCCGCGCGCGAGGGGGGUGAGUCGAAGAGACUACGGCCUUCCAUGGACAUCGAAAUCACGUUCAACAGCAAAGUGGGCUCAUUCAUCCGGCACGUACCAUCGACCAUAAGUGCUGCCGAUCUCCAUCGCCUCGUCUUCCGUGGCCUGAAGGCCAGGUACUCCAUUUUUCAGCUGGCGACUGAGCAACAUGGGACGCUGUCAGCGAUUUCGAAUACCGCACUUUCUGGUCUGGAGAUCACCAAUGGACAGCAUGUUUCCGUCCGAAUUGCACAAGACGAUCCAGUGCCGCGAAGCACUGGUGCUGUAAGCUCUCCUCGCUCCGAUCUCGUGCUCAUCAAGGUCUACGGUGGUAUUGAUCACCUCCUCUUCGCGUAUUGGGUCAAGAAAGAUGCCGCGAGCACAAUCGCCUCCGUCAUUUGGAAGUAUUGGCGCCACGAGUUGAAGGACGCCUCACAUGAUAUCGAAGCAAAGGCCGUCUGGACGGGCAUGGAAUACAAUGGUGACAACCUGCUGUCAGGGAUCCCGCGAAAGACUACCGAGCGACUCUCCAAUUUGUUCAACAUGUAUCACUGCUUCGGAAUCUUGGGUCACGAACCGGUGUACAAACAAGAUGCCGCGAGUGUCCUGCCGUUGGUCCUCAAGGUCAAGAUCAUGGGUCCGAAAGAUGAGCUGAAGCGCCAUAACUUGAGCCGACUAGAUGUCCUCAAGCAGAUGUUCGAGGCAUUAGCAAACAAGAUUCUGGCCUACGGAUUCAAAACUCACGUCGGCCUAGUGACAUUCAAUUCGACGGCCCAAGUGCUAAUGGGCAUGUCGCAUGUGCUCGAGAACUUCAGGCGUGCAACGAAUGACAUGACCGCCAAGCAUGACACGAGUCUCUGGGAUGCCCUCGCCCUCUGCAAGGAUCAACUCGUCGAAUAUGGCAAGAAGUAUCCCAACGCCAAGAAGAGAAUCAUCUGCAUAUCGGACGGUGUGGACACCAAGUCUAGCAGCAACACCAGUGAAGAUGUCUGCUGGCAGCUUCACAAGGCGGGUGUUGCUGUGGAUUCUGUUUCUCUCGGCUUCGAGAGUAAUCAGGAUCUACGCGCGCUCUCGAUCGUACUGGGCUCUUACCAUUUCCACCCUCAUAGUCUCGUCAAUGCAUUGACCAUGUGCGAGAUGGAGCCAUUCCUGUCGCUCACGGAGAGACCAGCAAUCUCGGUGCCUCGUCCAAUUCCAGCCAGUCGCUUCGACUUUACCAGCUUCUUCCGCGCGGCAAAGUACUGGGCACUGGGAACUGAGGUGACUCAGGAGAAGGUACCACCCCGCAGGAGCCACCCGAACCUUUGUGACGACUUCGUAGAGCUGUCGGCCAUUGUGAAGAGACGGUCAGAGCGCACUACUACCUCGGUGAGCGCGCAGCGAUCCAACUUUCGCACAACGCGUCUCUUGAGCGAGCUGAGGCAGCUGGCGAGCCGCGAGCACGACACGUAUGACGUCUACGUGAGCGAGAAGGACAUGUCUUUCAUGAAGGUGGUGAUGUCAGGACCAGAUGACACUCCAUACGAGGAUGGAACGUUUCUGCUGUACAUCCACGCAGACGAGCGAUACCCCAUCUUUGCGCCGAAGGGUCGCUUCGUCACCAAGAUCAUGCAUCCGAAUGUCAAUGUGCAUGGGAGAAUUUGUCAUUCCAUCUUCGACCGAGACUGGACCAGCGACAUCAGCCUCGGGACCAUCCUCGACACAUGUUACGGCCUACUCAUGGAGCCGGAGCAGAGUGACGGAGUCAAUACAACGACGACCCUGGGCUAUCAUCACGACCAAGACGAUUUUGCCGAAGCCGUUCGCGAGCACGUAGGCCAUCACGCUUCCAAGAGCAGGGAGGAAUGGAGGAAGGAGAUUCUGGGAGUCGAUGCCAGUGAUGAGGAUCAGGUCGAGGACGAAGAGGAGGACGAGGAGUAAAAGCGGACGAGUGACGUACAAUGGCACCGCAAUGGAGUGCACAGGAACGGGCAGGAGAAUCAUGGUCUUCGCCACUAGAUCAUGAGGCUCAUAUGCAAUAUGGGAGUAGAAGCGCUAUGCUUUGCGCAGGAGCUCGACCAUAGAUGCACAAUCAGACAUGCUGGAAUUGGCCCGCUCUUCCCCAUCCGUCGUAUCAUCAGUUUAACGAUACUGC